AUGUUUCCCUCAGACGAGCACCAAAACACAUACCAGCCAAAGACCAUAAAGGCGCUCACAGACGAGAAAGUGUACACGUGGAUCGUGGAGCUCGUAUACGGGCCCAACAAGGAACAGGCCCUGCUUGAAUUGGGCAAGAAACGGGAACUGUACGACGACCUGGCACUGGUGCUGUGGAACUCGUUCGGAGUCAUGACAAGCCUGCUGGAAGAGAUUGUCGCCGUCUACCCGCUGCUGUCGCCGCCAAACCUCAACACGCCAGCGUCGAACCGCGUCUGCAAUGCGCUCGCGCUGCUGCAGUGCGUCGCCUCCCAUCCCGACACCCGUACACCGUUCCUCAACGCCCAGAUUCCACUUUUCCUGUACCCGUUCCUCAACACCAACUCGAAGCAGCGGCCGUUCGAGUACCUGCGGCUGACGUCGCUCGGCGUGAUCGGCGCACUCGUCAAGAACGACACCAGCGAGGUGAUCCAGUUCCUGCUCACCACCGAGAUCAUCCCGCUGUGUCUCAAGAUCAUGGAGUCCUCCUCGGAGCUCUCCAAGACAGUCGCCAUCUUCAUAGUCCAGAAGAUCCUCAUGGACGACGCUGGUCUCGCGUACACGUGCCAGACCUUCGACCGGUUCGAGGCUGUUUCGAACGUGCUACGGCUCAUGAUCGACCAGCUCGUGGCCAACCCUACUGCACGCUUACUUAAGCACGUGAUUCGGUGCUACUCUCGUCUGGCAGACAACCCAGAGGCGCGUAUUGCGCUCCGGGAGCGGCUUCCCGAGGCUCUGAAAACCGACGUGUUUGCGUCGCUCCUGCGCGACGACCCGGCCACCAAAACGUGUCUCUCGCAGCUUCUCAUGAUGAUCCAAUAA